AUUUCCAGCUGAACUGAGCAUGAAGGGGCUGCAUAAACUGACAGCAUCUGUGAUGGCCCUGUUGCUUGCAGCUUCUUUCCUCUCUUCCUCCUGGAGCGCUCCUCAGGAUCAUUUCCAAAGGAGAAACUGGACACCUCAAGCUAUGCUGUAUUUAAAGGGUGCACAGGGACGUCGAUUCAUUUCAGAUGAGAGCCAGCAAAAGGAUCUGUAUGACAGAGUGCAGCUGGAAACACGCAGUCAAAACUCAAAUCCUUUAUCUCUCCCUGAAGAUGCAGCCCUGUUUCUUAGUUCCUUCUGGAAAGCACAAGAAGUUGAAGAAGAAACCAGUGACCACCCUGGAUACUUGACAGACAAUCUAUCAAAUUGGUGA